CACAAGCCCGACGUCAAUCGCACAAACCCCCGAGUACCAAAAGAUACCAAGCCGGUUCUCUUACGCAAUGCUGUGGUCUGGGACGGUCAAGGCGGUGUACAAGAAGGUGUCGACGUGUUUUUAAAGGAUGGCGUAAUCAAAGCCGUAGGACACGGAAUCACAGCUGAGAAAGACACAAAGAUCAUUGAUGUUGAUGGUCGAAUUGUGGGUCCCGGAUUAGUAGAUAUGCACAGUCACUUGGGUGUCUAUAGCUGGCCUGAAUACGAUGGAACCCAGGAUACCAACGAAAUGACAGAACCCUUGACACCAUUUGUUCGUUCUCUAGAUGCAUUUAAUCCUUCAGAUAGUGCAAUCAAAAUUGUGGCCUCUGGUGGUGUAACAUCUGUACUUGUACUUCCUGGAUCCGGAAAUAUCAUGGGUGGUGAGGCAUUCGCAUUCAAGCUAAGAGAAGUUUCGACCACUAGCAACGAAGACAUGCUUAUCCAGGCUGGAGAGCCCAAGGAAGACCAAUGGCGCUGGAUGAAGAUGGCAUGUGGAGAGAACCCCAAGCGUGUCUACGGUAACCAAGGGCUGGCUCCCAUGACCCGCAUGGGAGAAGCCUAUCUUCUCCGUGAACGUCUCGAAAAAGCCCGCAAACUCAAGGAAGAUCAAGAAGAUUGGUGCAGUGCCGCACAGACCGUGUUUUCCAAUGGAGGCCGUCUUGAGUCGCGUUUCCCUAUCGACUUGAGAUUAGAAUCUCUUGUUAGCCUACUACGUGGUGAUGUUUUGCUCAACAUUCAUUGCUAUGAGACACACGACAUCGAGGCUAUGGUGCGCCAUUCUCUUGAAUUUAACUUUACCAUCAGUGCUUUCCACCAUGCUCUCGAUGCUUACCGGGUCCCUGAAAUUCUCAAGCGAGCAGCUAAUAAUAUCACUGUAGCCACAUUCGCCGAUCAUUGGGGUUAUAAGAAAGAAGCUUUCCAGGCUAGUCCUCGCGCACCCAAGAUCCUACUUGAUGCCGGAAUUCCUGUUGCACUCAAGAGUGACCACCCAGUAUUGAACUCUCAGCACCUGAUGUUUGAAGCUGCCAAGAGUGCUCACUAUGGUUUAUCUGCCCAGGAGGCUUUCAAGACCGUCACUUCGGUGCCUGCUAAUGCUAUGGGACUUGGUCAUCGUAUCGGAUCACUCAAGGCUGGUUACGAUGCCGACGUUGUUGUCUGGGACAGAUCUCCUCUUGCCCUCGGUGCUACCCCACUUCAAGUGUUUGUUGAUGGUGUUGCUUUGUUUGAU